GACAAGUAUAUCUUUAACGCGUGCACGGCAGAGAGGUAGGCAAAAAAGAGACUCCAGCCUGUCUUUCACACACUUCAGCACUAAACUCCAUAUUACAUCUGGACGUAGUGAACCCGGGGAGAUGGCCGAUAGACCUUCACCUAGAAAACAGCCAAAGAGGAUAAGAUCUGAUGAACAGAAACUGAAGAAGAAGGGAUAUGAUUUGGCCAGGGCGAAGAGUCGCGUGAACAUCGGCGUGGGUUUUCAGCGGUGGAGAAACCUCAGAGAACUGAAAUGCAUGAAAACAGACGAAGAUGUUGCUCUUUUCCUGCUCGAUUGUUUUGAUCAGAAUUCACUGUCACCAGGAAUUGCACUAAGAGUCCAGAGCUUCGCAGCGGCUGUACCUGGGCCCACAUCUGUAAAGAGUGAGGAGGAGUUGAACCACAGCAGUGCAGACGAGGUUGUCGUGAAGUUGGAGUGCCUGCUGCAAUUGUUCCAGGAGUGCCUAGCGUGCUGCAGCGAAUGCAGCAUCAGUACGGAGCGCGACAGCUGGUUCUUCUACAUCACCCAGAAGUGUCAGCAGUGCCACUACAGCAGGAACUGGGCGAGCCACCCCACGGACCAGAUCAUCAGCGACCCAGCAGAGAAUCAUGAGGUUUCAAGCUCUGACUCCGAAUCUGUUUACUCAUCGGACCCAGACGUUUCUACAGAGCAGAAAGUUUGUUUGGAUCAAGGAGCCAUCUUUAACAUCCGUGAUAUCAUUAGCAAAGCACCGAAUGGAAGAUCCAUCCUCUCCGGUCUUGAGGAAAACCACCUGAUUUCCCACCCUGAGAGGCGAUCCAUGGUUCGGAUCCUCGUGUCCCACUUGAUGGAGCGCUUUGGAGAGAAUCCUACUUCAGGUACUAAGGCAUUGCUGGCAUCAUCAAUAGUGGAGCAGUUUCCAUGCCUGAGAGACUGCCAAGGCAGUGGCUAUGAUGCGUGGUUCACCCCGGGGAGGAAUCAUAAACCGGCCACUGGGUUUCUGGAGGAGCGUCUCCGCAAUGUGCGUAAGCGGCUCCACCGAGGCCAGCGGAGGAACUCUGCAGCACUGACACCACAGCAGGAAACACAAGACGCGUUGCCAGAAUCGGCUUGGCAAACAGUGUGUGAUGUCUACACACCAGCACCAGAAUUUUCUACAGUGCAAAACGUUGCCCUGGAGCACACAGCCACAUUUAACAUCCGUGAGAUCCUCAGUAAAACACCUAAUGGAAAAUACCUGGUCACCAGUCUUGAGGAAAAUGGCUUGAUUUCCCACACUGAGAGGCGAUCCAUGGUUCGGACCCUCGUGUCCCACUUGAUGGAGCGCUUUGGAGAGAAUCCUACUUCAGGUACCAAGGCAUUGCUGGCGUCAUCAGUAAUGGAGCAGUUUCCAUGCCUGAGAGACUGCCAAAGCGGCGGCUAUGAUGCGUGGUUCACCCCGGGGAGGAACAAUAAACCGGCCACUGGGUUUCUGGAGGAGCGUCUCCGCAAUGUGCGUAAGCGGCUCCACCGAGGCCAGCGGAGGAACUCCGCAGCACUGACACCACAGCAGGAAACACAAGACGCGUUGCCAGAAUCGGCCAUAACUACAGAGCGGGCCAUACAACUGACGGAGUGGCUGAAAAACAACACGUGGCCCCCGUCCCAGGUCCAUGAGGCCAUGCUGGAGACGGUCGUCCACAGGGCCCACUGGAUCCGAGCAAACAAAGCAAGACCAGUACAAGACAUAAUUGACGAAUUCCCACGUUUAGUAGACACCGCAGACAUGAUUUCUCAGGAUUUCUCAGUAUUAUACCCAGAGUCCUCUGGGAGGCUGAAAGAGAACUGGAGCCUUGUGUACGCUGAGAAAAUCAUUCGCAUGGCCUGGACAAAGAGGACAAACAGCCUUCUCACUAACAUAGAUCUGCUUCCCACUGACAAACGAGCGGAUAUUGCAUUGCAGUUGUUGCCUGUGUUGCUUCCAGCUGCGCCAUAUAAAGUUGGACAGAGAGUGUUCCGGCACAGCAGUGUAGAGUGCCAGAAGGCCUUCAUUAACACGCAGCCAAUCGGAAUGACCAUAGCCGACUACCUCACUGCAUCUCCAGCAGAGUACCCGUAUGUUCUCAUGUUGGGGGAGGAGUACGACUGCUCCCAAGUGUUUGUGGUCAUUAAUGGGACUCCGCUGGAGCACCGGUCUCUUCUGAGCGCUGUUGACGCCUGCUUUAAAGCCUUUUUCAUACUUCAGCUGCAGUACCCCAAACAAUGCGCCCAGGUUUGGGAGUUUAUCCAGACCGUCGUCUUUGGCAUCCCUGGACACGAGUCAAACGCUGUUAAAUUGAUGAGAGCGCAGCUUUCUGCAUAGGAGUGUAUUGGACAUUUUGGUGGCUGAGUUAAUGGAACAGAUGAUUUUAACUUGAUUUUUUGACAGGAGUUGAUGUAUGUUUAUAUACAUGACCAGUAUAAAUAGCCUAAAUCCUGAGUUUCCUUGAUAUGUUACUUAAAUGUUUUUUCUUACGUAAGGCAGGAGAGCAAAUCUUUAAUCUCUCCUUUAUGUUGCAUGAUGUAGUUAGACAUACACAUAAAGAAUAUUUAGUUCUGUUCAGUGUUUCAUUUCUACCUGAAUAUAUUUUCAUGUACCAAUCUCUGUGAAAGAAGCCAGAUGGUUGAAGGAUUGUCAAUGUUUAAUGAAUGGUCCAUUUUCUACAAAUUUCCAAUUGCUUAAUGAAAGAGUGCCUUGGAAA